CCCAGUCUCCCUCGCGACAAGCUAUGGCGUCUCAUCGGAAGCGUUCGAUCGAGAAGACGUCGGCGGUGGCGUCGUCGGAACCGGCGAAGCGCCGGAGAUUCCCGAGCUACCUCGAGACCCCGAAGCUCCCACCGAUGACGCGUCUCCUCUGCGAGAUACUCGCCACAGCUCCCAUCUCCUCGAUCGAGCGCGCACUCGAUGACUCCGGCGUGCGCGCGCUUUCUCCCGACGAUGUAGAGGCCGUCCUCAAGCUCUCCUACUCCCACCCUGACGCUGCCGUCACCUUCUUUCGCUGGGCCGGCCAUCUCCUCCCCCGGCCUCACCAACACUCCCCCUACUCCUGGAACCUCGUCGUCGAUCUCCUCGGGAAAUCCCUCCACUUCGAAGCCAUGUGGGACACCGUCCGGUCCAUGCACAACCACCGCCUCCUUUCCCUCGCCACCUUCGCCUCCAUCUUCUCCUCCUACGCUGCCACCGACCUCCCCCUUGACGCCCUCGCCGCUUUCAACGCCAUGCCUCGCUACGAUCUCCCCCACGACCCCCCGGCUCUCAACUCCCUUCUCUCCGCCCUUUGCCGUGAACGUCUCUCCACCCAAGCCCGCGACUUUCUCUCCCGACUCCGCUCCCAAAUCCACCCCGACGCCGAUUCCUACGCGAUUCUCCUCGAAGGCUGUGAGUACGAGAACAACCUCUCAUCUGCACGCGAGGUGUUCGGCGAAAUGAUCACCGCGCUCGGUUGGGAACCUUCCAACAUCCCUGCAUAUGAUUCCUUCUUAUCAAACCUCAUCCGCGCACCUGGCGGCCCGGAUGAAGCUCUGAGCUUCCUGAAGAUCUUGAGAGAGAAACGAUGCUUCCCGGGGAUCAAAUUCUUCCGAACCGCGCUCGAUGAGUUCUUCAAGCAGCACGACGCCCGCGGCGCGCUGUCAUUGUGGGACACUCUCAUAGGACGCAAUGGCUGCCUUCCGGACACUCCAAUGUUCAACUCCAUGAUCUCAUUGCAGUGUUAUCACAACAAGAUGGACAUUGCCCUGCAGUUGCUUGAUGAAAUGGUGAUCUUUGGUGCAUUCCCGGAUUCUCAGACUUACAAUGUGUUGCUUCAAUUCUUGCUUAAGAGCAGGAAACUCAGAGAAGCCUCAGUGAUUUUCAAUGAGAUGGUGAAGAAUGAGUGCUGCCCGAGCACGGAGAAUUGCCAUUGUGGCAUUAGGAUAUUCUUGGACAAUGGUGAUUGGGAGAUGGGAGUGAAGGUGUGGAAAUGCAUGGUCACAAAUGAUUUGGUGCCAUUGGAGGAGAGUGCGAAUAUGUUGAUUGCGAAGUUGCGAGAUCUUGAUAAGCUUCCCGAGGCUUGCAAAUAUGCGGAGGAUAUGAUCGAUAAGGGUAUAAAGUUGAAUUCUUCGACACUUUCUAAGCUUAAGAGUAGUCUCUUGAAAGUGAAAAAGGGUGGUGUUUAUGAUCAUCUUCUAAGAAAAUGGAAAGCUCACUAGGAAAUAAGGCACUGUGACCAAUUACUUGUAAAGUUUCGGUUUUUAUGAUUUCUAGUUGUGAAAACAUAAAACUUAAUUGAUUUGCAUA